AUGUGUUUCGGAAGUAAAGACAAAACCAACGACCCAGCUCCUAAGCCGGCCCCGGUCCCUCAAUCAUCAUCCACCAUCGCCGCCAAUCCCAAAGCCAGCAUGCCGCAGGACUACGCGCCGCCUCCCGGACCCCCGCCGUCUCACGGGCAAGGUCAAUCCCAGUCAUCUCCCUACUACUACGCUCCCCCGGCCGGCCCACCUCCAUCUCAUCAUCAUCAUCAUCAUCAUCAGGAAGAGUACGCACCUCCCCCCGGCCCGCCCCCCUCAGACACAAAGAACAACCCAUUCCUCACCACGGGCACGGAAUACGCGCCUCCGCCCGGCCCGCCACCAUCCCACGGCGACUCCAAAACCCACGACUGGCAGACCGCCGUCCCAGACACCUCCCUCCUGCCGCCCCCUCCCAAUUUCUUCAGCGGCUUCGACCGCUCGCCCGCGAACAACGCCACCGAGGAAGAAUGCGAAGCCGGCGAGUCCUGGUGCGCGCAGUACCCGCUCUACGCCCCUAUGCCUCUAAACCCGCCCGCCGAGGCCGCCGCGCGCACCGGCGCCAUCGCCAUGUACGCGCCCCCCGCGUUCGCCGGCGCCCUAGCCCACGUGCGGCCGGGGGUAUGGACCGCGUCGUCUCCGCGCGGCGCCCGCGACACCUGUCUGGCGACGUAUCCGCCGCUGUACCACGCCGCGGCGCACAGCCCGCUGGUGACCGGGAGCUCGAAAACAAAGACGGCGUACUACGAGGUGCGCGUCCUCGAGCGUGGUAGUCGCCGCGACGAGGUCUCCCUGUCGCUGGGCUUCGUCGCCCCGCCGUACCCUGGCUUCCGGCUGCCGGGGUGGCAUCGCGGUAGCUUGGGGGUGCACGGGGACGACGGACACCGGUACGUGAAUGACCGGUGGGGCGGGAAGGCGUUUACGUCGCCAUUCCGAGUAGGCGAGACGGUGGGGUUGGGGGUGGAGUUCUGCGCGGCGCAGGGCGGCGGGAUCAGGGUUGAGGUGUUUCUGACGCGGGACGGUGUAGAGAGGGGGCGGUGGAAUCUGCACGAGGAGACGGACCGGGAGCAGGAUCUGCCGGUUACGGGGCUCGAGGGGUAUCACGACUUGUGCGCUGCCGUGGGGGCGUUUGAUAAGGUGGCGUUUGAGGUUGUGUUUGCGCCGGAGCUGUGGAGGUGGAGGGGGUAUGAGGGAUAG